AUGUUGUUCACCAAGCCAGCCUUAGCCUUGGGCAGUGCCCCCCUGGUCCUCCUCGUGUCUGCGCAAGAACCAGUGGAUGCUGUCCACCACCCCUUGAUUCCCGCUCUCUCCAAAGUCCCUGCGGUCACGACCAAUCUCAUGCCGCGAUCUCUGGACAAGCGAUGUUCGGGAAGCUGUGAAGAAUGCUUCGGCACCGGCUACAUUCUCUGCCCAGACAGCAGCCUGUAUUGCUAUCUCCCAGGAGAUUCCUACUACGGCCUUGACUCUUGCCCGGGCUCCAGCGACUCCAGCGCCUCUGCCGGUGCCACAAGCGCUGCGAGUGCAACUGUCCCGGCGGCGUCUGCCACGUCGAUCAGCGGAAUAGAUGACAUUUGCUCCCAGACGGUUACCACUGUUACGACCCGAACGACCCUAACUACAACACAUGCCCCGACGAUGGCAGCAGCAGCUCUAACUCGACGGGGUCUACAUGCGAGGACCAGUACGGCGCCGGAAGUCAGCCCUGUGGGACAGAUUCUUGCUAUAACCCUGGUCAAGGGGAUGUCUGUUGUCAAGAUGGAUAUCAUUGCGAAGGUGGCGACACUUGCUCAAGCAAUGUGGGCAAAUGCUGUACUGCUGGCUCAACAGAUUCCUCGUGCUCCGGUUCUAGCAGCGGUGGAGGCGGAGGCGGAGGCGCAGCAUCAUCAUCUUCACCUGCCCAGGCUACCACGCCCGCUACAUCUGGUGGCGGUGACAGUGGUGGAGGAUUGGUACCUGCCGUCGCGACUACCGCGACUAGCCAUGGGGUGGUUAGCACUGCUAGUCCCCUUAGCGAUGCGAGCCCCAUGGGGCGCGGCAAAGCCAAAGCUCUGGUGA